AGAUUAUAAAUGUUAAAAUGUUCCUAUAUAUUCGAUACUUUAAUUGAAACUUUCGAUUCUAGUUGAUUCUAGUGCGAUUUCUCGAAACUUUCCUUUUAAAGACAGAUACUUGAGAUUAAGAAUUAAUUUUAUUGGGUAAAAACUCUAUAAUCUUAUUCGUACAAAUCAAAUAGUUUCGACGUGAAACGUUUGACCGAUUUACUAUCUAAAUACAGAUGAUUUCAUUGAUAAUGCGAAAUAAAAUGAUGCCAAAUAAACUAUCUAAUGAUAUAUACGAAUGAAUGAAUUUAACAAUAACAAUUGAUGUGUAUUAACAAAGUUUCGAUAUAAUCAUUUUUCAACUGUAUAACAUUAAUCGGAAUUUUUUUGUCGCAGUAAGUUUGAAAUUAAUGCAAACGAACAAAAAAGACAAAAAAGAAAAUAAAAAAGGAACAAUAACCACACAGUAUAUGCAAUCUCAAAUGGCUUAAUUACGUAUCAAAGACGUCAAACGUGUUACAAAUACGUGUCAUCUUUUUAUCUCGAAGAAAUCUUGCCAGUGUAAUAAAAGAAAAAAAAAAAAAAUUCGCUCCGUCGUAGUAAUGUCAAUUUAGAUCAACAUACACAGCCAUUUUGCCGAUCAGAAUGUAUAGCCAUUCGAGAGACAAGGUUUUCUUUAUUUUUAAAACCCACUUCUCUACUUCAUGAUUCUCUGAAUUUUGUCAAGUGUAUAUUAUCGUCUAAAAGAAAAAGAAAAAAAAGAAAGGAAAAAUUUGAAGGUGUACUUCGAUGCGCGUAUAGAUUGUUUAAUAGCAACAGUGUUUAACCACGACGAAAUUCUCUCUCGAGACUGUUGCAUCUAACGUCUAACCUGACUUUUAUUUUAAAAGCACGUUUCGAAUCUAAGCCUUUUUUAAUUGUGAAUGUAAACACAAGGAGAGAUAUAGAUCGAUUUUUAAUUCGUAAUUUAUAUUUACGCUUUUCGAUAAUCUUAUCACGAUUAGUGGGAAAAGUUGUUGCAGCAGUGGUAAAUUUUCUACUUUUAUAGUUUUCGUAAGUUUAUUGAUUAAAACGUUAUGCGAUUUCAUCAAAGAACUUUUUUUACUUUUUUCUUUUAAAGAAUAAUAUGUGCUCUUUGUUUUAUUUAUGAUCGUGAUUAAAUUGUGAUUUAAGAAUAAAAAAUAAAGAUAAGUCAACAACUCAACACAAAAUAGAUAGUGCGUGUAUAUAUAUAYAAUAGUGUUUUAUUAAUAAAAGGAAUAACAAGAAAAAAGAUUUAUUGAAACGUAGAUAUUAUAAAUAUAGUAUUUUAAAGUUUAGUGAUCAACUGCGAUUUUAAUAGUAAAAAAAAAAUAGUACUCCAAUCGUUUUAAUGACAAAUAUAUUGUAUGAGAUAAAAGUAACAAGAACAAUAAGAAGCAUCUAAUAAAAAUGAUUUUGUCGCUUGAAAAGACAUUGGAAUGACUAUGAUUAAAAGGAUAUAAGAUCAAUGAUUGAUCUUUAAAACUUGUAUAAAUAUAUAUAAAAGAUUAAUUAUUAAAGAAAGUUUGCAAUGGAUGAAAGGAGAGUAGCAGAUUAUUUUGUUGUCGCUGGUCUACCAGGGCAUAACGAUGACAUUAUAGGAGAGAACGAAGUUAAUGAUGAAUUAGAAGAUUGGUGUCAAGAAGGAACGCAUUUGAAAGAUAUACAUAUGCAACCACCUAUCACAGAUCUUGCUGUCAUUUUUCCAGCUUUAGGUGAACAGUGUCCUGAAGGUUAUACAUUGUUAGAAUAUACCGUGUCCGGUAUCCCAGCUGAUUUAAAUCAUGGCAGCUUACGAACAAAUGAAUGUUAUCUAUGCUAUAGGAGAGGUCGAGAUAAACCACCUUUAGUUGAUAUUGGUGUAAUAUAUGAAGGGAAAGAGCGUAUAAUGCAGGAUGCACAAAUAGUACUAGAAACUCCCAAAGGACACAUAGCGAAUGUUAACAAUUCAACUUCAAAAAUAUUUGUAACAUAUAGACGAGCAAGUCAAAAAAUGCCUUGUAAUUCUCUUGUUGUUACUGAUAUAUGUGUUAUUUUGAAAAACAAAGGGGAAACUCCUCCACAUGCGUUCUGUGUUAUUAAUAAGAAUUUAAAUAAGGGAAUGUUGGGCAGUGACGUAUUCUUAUGCUACAAGAAAUCCAUGAAUCGUGCUAAUCUUAUAUCGUUCAAACCAGCAAUACUUUAUAAGUAUCCGACAACUGAUUAUAACAGCUUCGUUUUUCCAAAUUCAGUUGCCAUGUUUUGCUUACCUAUGGGAGCAACUAUAGAAUGUUGGCCAAAAAUGGCUUGUAAACCUAAGUCAUUAUUUUCAACAUUUGUCUUAACUGUCUCGGAUGCUGCACAAAAAAUAUAUGGCUCGGCUAUAACGUUUUAUGAAGAGUUUACAUUGCCACCAGAUGCUUUAAGCUGUAAAGGAAAUUUGGAUAUGGAAGAUAUAGAGGAAAAUACAAAAAAUAAUGCUGAUAGUAUUGAAUUAACGGAGGAGUUUCAUCAAUCAAAAGCAAAAAUGUUCAGAAAAUACGGAAUACUUAAGAAGCUUAAUAUAUCCCAAUGGGCAAAAUUACAAUUUACAGAUCCUAGCAGUCAGUCAUUAAAUAUCAGCAAAUCAAUAUGUAUAUUAUCACAUUGGCCAUUUUUUGAUACAUUUGAAAAAUUUCUAGUCUUUCUGCAUAGCAUGGUCAAUGGAAAACCUCAAAAUGUUUCUAUAGAAAAGUAUAUUUCUUAUUUUUUGUGUGAUAUACCUUUUCCAAGUCCUCAAAGAUCAAGAAUUCUUGUGCAACUUAGCAGUAAAGAUAGACUAAUCUUGACUCAACCAGAAGAUUUAGUUUUGCCUAGAUCUGGUGCCAGUUUUAGGCAAUUAUUAAUCAAUUUGGGUCCUGAUAAUUGCUUAUUGAUAUUGCUCCUAAUCUUAACAGAGCAAAAAAUAUUGGUUCAUUCAUUACGGCCUGAUGUGCUAACUUCAGUGAGUGAAGCUAUUGCAAUGAUUUUGUUUCCAUUCAAAUGGCAAUGCCCGUAUAUACCACUCUGUCCAUUAGGUUUAGCCGAGGUCUUGCAUGCACCGCUACCAUUUUUAAUUGGCGUUGACUCAAGGUUUUUCGAUUUAUAUGAUCCACCAUCUGAUGUUAAUUGUGUCAAUCUUGAUACAAAUAAUAUAGCAAUUUGCGAUGACAAGAAAUAUUUGAAUGUAAAAUUACUCCCUAAGAAGGCAGCUAGACAGCUUAGAAAUUGUUUAGAACAUCUCUAUUCAAAAUUAACCUCUCUUGGAAAGAUAUAUUCUUCUCAAAAAGACCAAGAACAUGGUGAUUUUAGUGUAGAUAAAGAAUUCCAACAAAAACAAAAAGAACAAGCAUUGGAACUUGAAAUACAAGACGCUUUUUUAAAAUUCACUGCUACUAUUUUAAAAGGCUAUCGAUCUUUCUUAUUACCAAUUACGAAGGCUCCUACUGUAGGAUCAACAGAUCCAACAAGUUUAUUUAAUAUGCAAGAAUUUUUAAGAAGUCGUGACAAGGCUCAUGCAAAAUUUUAUAGUAUGCUUGUUAGAACUCAAAUGUUCAUAAGAUUCAUCGAAGAAAGAAGUUUUGUAUCUGAUAUGGAUAUGGCUGGCCUAGCUUUUUUUGAUGAAUGUACUGAACGUGUGGAGGAAGAGAAUGUUACACUCUUGGAAUUGGAUGAAUCUCAACAUAGCGAACGUACAGUAUUUAUACCUCCUCCUGAUGCAGGACCAAAUCAUGGACUUUUUAUAUAUAAAACGUUUAAAUUAAAUUCUGAAUUAAUGAGGCCUGAAAAAAACUUUAAUUUAAGAAAUCCAGCUUUAAAUGCUUUUGGAAUUGUACCUGGAAGUCCUAUGGCACGUAGGACUAAGCAUGAAAUAAAAGUAGCUCAGAAAAUGGCGCGGAAACAGGCAGCAAUGCCAGAUAGAUGGGCUAGAUGUUUACUUGGGACAUGCUACAGUCUUUGGUUUCUACAUUUACCAGCAAUGUUACAGGCUUCCAGUCAACCAGCUGCAAUUUUGCAUCAAGCAUAUGAAUUAUUAGUUCGCAUGCAAAAAUUACAUCUUGAUCCUAUGGAAGAGGUUUGUUACAGAGCUAUGAUGCAACUUUGUGGAGUAUAUGGACAACCAGUAUUAGCUGUUAAGUUAUUAUUUCACAUGAAACGUAGCGGUGUACAGCCAAAUGCCCUAACAUAUGGAUUUUAUAACAAAGCUGUCCUAGAAGCAACAUGGCCUUCUGAUAUGACAAAUUCAAGUCAGUUAAUGUGGAAUAAAUUACGAAAUGUUAUUGUUGGGGCAGCUUUGUUUAAAAAGGCUGGUAGGAAAGGUGCCAGAAGAAGACAUAAUUCCAAUGCUGAUUUUUUAAAUACUGAUGGAAUAACUGAGGAAAUGGAACAUGCUCUUUCCAGAUCUAGCCUUGAUAGUAGUCAUUCUCAAGAUACAGAAGCAGCUCAUAGUGACUCAACAAAAGGUAGUUCUGUGCCUGAUUUACCAGGAUUUGGAUCAUAUGAAUUGAAAACUAAGCUUCUUAGACAAAACAGUAUCGUAAAAGAUCAAGCGUUGCCGAAUAUGGUGCAAUCAGAGAAAUUAAAUCGUUCUUUUAGUAAUCCAAGAAUAGUACGCAGUACCGAAUCGCCAUUGAAGAGUCCUGUACGAACACCUGUUACUGAAAAUGAUCCAUUGGGGGCUCUAAUUAAUGAUGAAACGCCAGUUGUAUCGCCUUCUGAGGAAAAUGACUCCAAUUGCUCAACCAGUACUUUAACAGUUUUGAAUAAUACUGUUGAAGAAAGACCAGGUGGACCACUUUUAUUUAGAAGUAAUAAUUUACCACGGAGUGCAACAUUUCAUCAAGCAGUAGAUGAAAGUAGUACAACAGUAAGUGGUAAUUUACAAAGGAGCGAAACGAUGCCUCAUUCAGUAGCACCACCAGGUGAGGAGAGAGAAAAAGAGAGACUGGAAAUAAGCAGUCUUUGGUCGCAAAAGGACAGUGUGACAUCUAGUUUAUCUAGCCUAGGAUCCAGUUUAAAACUUAGUUUUGGUCCAUCAGGCUUGACUGGAAAAAGAUCCAAUGAAAUAAUAUUGGGUGGCUUGAACAGUUUGAAAUCAGCUGCAACGAGCGUUGCUAAAAAGUUCGACGAAAUAAAAGAAGCUAUAUCUGCAACCAGUACUCCUGUUAAACUUAAAGAACGCGAUCAAAAAUUAGGAUGUGGAAUAUCACAUGAAUCAUUAGAUUCUUGUACUGAUGGAUCCUUACAAGAUCGAAAUGAAGUAUCCGCGAGAUUAUCUGGUGAUGGAACUUUAGAUGUAUAUCUGUAUGAACUUGGGGAAUGUCUAUAUCCUAAAGGUUCUAGAGACUUAGAAGAACGUGCUGCUAUUGAAUUUGUUCUUUCAAGUGCUAGCAGAUGCCAUCAUUGUGCUGCAAUACUUUAUGACGAAGAAAUUAUGGCAGGAUGGCAACCAGAAGAUUCUAACUUAAAUACAGUUUGUCAGUAUUGUGACAAGGCUACCGUCCCCCUUCUUACAGUUACUAUAUUAGAUUACAGAUGUAAAACGAAUGAAAAAAGCAGUGAUCCUUUGAUGGGAGCUUUAGUUGAACUUUCGGAUAAACCAAGGGAGCAAUUGGAACCAAUUACGAUACCAUAUCUAAAUCCAUUGGUUUUAAGAAAAGAAUUAGAGAGUGUAUUAAGUCAGGAAGGUGAUGUAUGUUUAACCAGACAUAUAUUCAUAGAAGAACAUCCAAUAGUGUAUUGGAAUCUAAUAUGGUAUUUUGAAAGAAUUAAUUUAACAAGCCAUCUCUCUGAUCUUUGGUUGCAUAAUGAUGCAAACAAACAAUUACAAAGCAACUCUAAUUGUGUGAGUAUAAGAACAAUGUGGGAUAACGAGAGAAUUCAUAUGGGUCGAUUACCGAUGUAUCUACAGUGGAAACUGAAUACUACAGAAGAUCGAACAUUAAUGCAAACGAUAAUAUCAUACGUACGUUGCAAUGACUUGACAGAACCUAUUAAAAAGGUGGCCUUAGAAAGAAGUAAAAAUCAAUCCGAAGAAGAAGCUCCAUUUUCUAUUUAUAGAGAUAUUUUGUUUCUGGCAUUUAUUGCUGUGGGUGGAGGAAAUAUUCACCAAGGAGUUUUCGAUAAACAGUACGCUUCUGCUUUAGAACGAUUAACAGAAAACGAAGAACAUCUACUUCAUAAGCAGGAUGCCCCUCCGUCCCUAAUGUCACUAUAUUGUAGACAUUAUUUUAAACAAUUAAUCGUUUAAAAAAAUUAUUGAACGCAAUGGGUAUUACGUUAACCACAAGAUACUCGUGACAAAUUUUGGGAUAAAGUUUAAUGGAUUAGACUUUAGAUCAAAUCUAUAAGAUUGAAUGUACAAUGCACGCAAAUAUUUCUAAUAUCGUGACAACAAUUGUGACAAAGAUCAUAAUGAACCACAAAAAUGUUGUUACAUUAUUUUAACAAAAGUAAUAGUUGGUUUUAUUUUACUGAUUUUUAUUAUUCGUUGUGCGUGCGGGCCAAAAAGUAACAUGUCAACACAUUUAAUGACUUAGGAUUUUUUCAAAAUGAUACAUAUGCGUCUAAUGUAUGUUAUUUCCGUUUUCAAUCAAUUAUUAAAAUUAUUUUUUCAAUCAUAUGCAAUGAAAAUCUAACUAUGCAUAUGCAUCGUUAAAUCUAAGAGUAUAAUAUAGGAAAAUGCUAAAUACCAAAAAAUUUAUAAACAGCAAAAUAAAACGUCAUUGUAUUUUUUCAGAUAUUUGACGAAAUUUAUUAUUUCAGUUCGUUUUACAUAAAUUAUUGCGUUUCUACGUUCAAAGUGGAACUUUACUAUCUAGACUACAAAAGUGUUUGCUUCUUUUACAUCGAAAAAGAAAAACACGAUGUUUGUGAAAUUGAAUAUUUAACUUAUAUGAGCUGGUAAUAUAUUUUCCUAUACUCUUAGAUAGAACAAGCAUACAUUUGUACGACCAAAAACACAAUGUAAGUAUUGGUUUUAUGUAUCGUACACUUUCUGGAGGUUAUAAUAUUAACUAGCAAUAUGUAAAUUUUGGCCAAUAUCUGGUUAAUAGCAUAUAUGAUCUUAAAUACGUAGUUUUGGAAUCAAAUAUGUGGAUUUAGAGCGAUGGUAUUACUUAAUGUGAGGGGAUAUUGAAUCUAUAAGCUCUAUUUAAAAUAAUGAAAGAUCUAACGGAGCGAUUAGAAAUAACGAGCUAGAAUUUUAGAUUACUUUGUAUAAAAUAGCAGGAAGAAGGAUUGCCACAUGAUGAAUGAAUGAAGGUUGUCCUUAUGACAUGUAUGUUUAUCAAAGCACGUAUGCAUCGAUGCAUUUUGUGUUUCCUUAUGGUAAAAAAAGAAACUCGCAACAAUGAAUAAUAUUAUUAUAGAAUAUCUCUUAUAGAAUAUCUUCUCCUGCCUAUUUUCUCUUGUGCUUUCAAUUUUUUAUGCCAUGUACAUUUUACCUCGAAUACUGAACAAACAAAAAACAAACAAACAAACAAAUAAAUAAAUAAAAACUUAAAAUAAAUAAAUAGAUGUAAUAUUGCACGCGCGCUCACACGUAUAAGCAUACAUACUUAUAAACACAUUAACAAAUGACAUAUAUAGUAAAUCCAUAAAAAGUCGAUAUCUCGACAUAUUUUACAAAAACAAUAUCGUCCGUUUAGUAAAUGUGGCAUAAAAAUCGCGUGUCUUAAUUGUAAAUACAAUUGACGAUUGAUACAAAUUAAAUUUAUUCGACAGUAAUAUUUAGUAUUUUUAUUAAUUGCGCUAUAUCGCGCGCAGAAUAUUAAAGUUAUUGCGCAGUCCGAUUUUAUAAUGAAAUGGAAUGCUUGCCAAUUGCAUGUGCAUAUAAGUACUUGUAUAUAAAAGCGCAUGUAUACUGAUCGAUCUUGCGACACAUGAAAUGAUUCGUUAUGUAAAAUUUGCAUGUAUACAAAAUAAGAACAUGAACAGAAGAAUGUGCAUGUGUAUAGCCUUGUAUAUGCACCAUAAUAGAUAUGCGUAUUAACGAUGGAUUUCUUUGGCAAUAUUGUGCAAUACAGGACUGGCUCGUUUUCAAUUAAACUAUUAAACUAUUUAAUAAAAUAUUGUGUAUAUACGAACAAAUAAUAAACAUUCGAUCGUAAUCGUUCCGUGGAAAAUUAAUCACGAUUAAAGCAUAGUGUAUUUUGAGACGUGAAGAAAGUAUGUAGUUAUUAGUAA